AUGAUUAAAUUAGUUUUUUGUGUAAUAAUAAUUGCUGCGUGUGCAUGUUCCAAAUGUUUCACAAAAUUCAAAAGAAGCGGGAAAAGUUUUUGCGCUUGUGAUUUGCCAUUUGCAAAGUUGAAUUUCGCCAGCUCCUCGUCCAAGGAAGCGUUCAUGUUGUGCUCGAUGAGAUGCUCACAAACGAACAAUUGUGUGGCUUACAACUACUGGCUUCAUUCAAAUGACUGCCAACUUUUUGAUGGAAAGUUGAGAAAUUUUUCUGUGGUACCUCAUUGCCAUUAUUUUUUCGAAACUGCCCACCAGGCAGGUGUGCAGUUCAAUCAGUCACUGCUGACAAUAACGGUGGACGAUGAACUGAGUGAAUUCUACGUGAACGGAGACUCUGUGCCUAUCCAAUCGAACUUUCCAAAUGCAAACACUUGGAAAAAGAAUGACACAUACGAUUUAACUGGAUCCAUUUACGUACUGGCCAUCCGGUCACACAACGUUAGGGAUUUAGGGGGCUUGAUAGCCAAAACACUGGACGAUCACAUCCUGACAAACUCAACAUGGAAAUGUCUCAAGGAAGCAUAUGACGGCUGGUACGAAGUCGGCUACGAUGAUUCGUCCUGGCCUGCUGCAAACAAGGGGAGGAGAAAUGGAAAUCUUGCAAACACCCCGAAAGAAUUUCAUCCAGCUUACUGGAUCACUGAGCCAAAAGACACUUUUGGUGAUUCCUACUUCUACUGCCGAAAGAAUUUUAUAGAUUACAUUAAUGCGGCAAGCUGCGUGUUUGAUGAGGACUAUAUGGAGAUUAUUGACCCGACCCAAUUACAGAUAAGACCUAUCGUACCACUGAAAUAA